CCCUCGGCAAAGAUGGGCGCGUCUGCCGUGUUUUGGUUUUGAAUCAAACGUCGGUGGUCGACUGACGUUUGCGUUGAAUUUGCCGAAAACAAAGGCUUUCGGCGCAUGGUUGAGGUUAAAUAAAUGACUUUAUGGAGACCCAAGCAAAUGGAGAGCCUGACAAGGAGGAGGUUCAUCGCGUGGAGCCGGAUGAGGUGCCGAAAAACUGCGAACCAGGCGCCAGUUGCGAGAGCAUGUUGGUCGCCUUUGGGUCCAUCGAGGAGAUUGUUGAGCAGGAGAUGGAUUCGAGUUUUGCGGAAAAGAAUGUGCCGGGUAGCACGACCAGCACCAUCAGCGAAAUUCAGGAUGGAAUACAAGAGUGUGCUGUCAACUCAGAGGACGAGGGAGAGUCUUUGACGGAGGACAUACCUGCCGUCAAAAUUGUUGAAGCUGAGAAUGUAGAGGUGAGCACUCAGGAGGAGCCUUCCACUCCACCAGAGAGAGAAUGCUGGAGUAGCAUGGAAUGGCGUUCAAAGAGAAAACACAUUUUCAUCCUCAGCAAAGCCGGGAAGCCGGUUUAUACCAGGCAUGGAAGUGAAGACAAAUUGGCCACAAUAUUUGGAGUCAUGCAAGCUCUGGUAUCGUUUGUCGAAACAAACCAAGGAGAUGUGAUUCGUUCGAUACAUGCUGGCGAUAGUCAUUUUGUUUUUCUCGUCAAAGAUCAUGUUAUUUUAGUGUCCGUCUCGAAGACUGGGGAAAGUGUACCUCAACUAGUUUUACAAUUAAUGUAUGUGUAUAACCAGAUAGUGAGUGUGUUGACAAAAACGCAGCUAACGAGGAUUUACGAGCAACGGCGCAACUAUGACUUAAGAAGACUUUUAGCCGGUGCGGAACGACUGCUGGACAGUCUGCUCGACCUGACGGAACGAGAGCCGGCCUUCCUACUUGGAGCAAUAAGAUGUUUACCCCUGGCCUCAACCGUGCGAGAUCAAAUUUCUAAUACAAUUUCCAGCAUGUGCAGCAAAAUCAAGAACUUGGUAUUUGCCAUUCUUUUGGCAAACAAUCAACUGAUCACUUUAGUUAGAAUGAAAAAGUAUGUGAUUCAUCCCCUUGACCUUCAUCUGAUCUUCAACCUUGUAAAUUCUUCCGAGUCCUUUAAGACAGCUGAAAGCUGGACCCCAAUUUGCCUUCCAAAAUUUGAUGCUAGUGGUUAUCUACAUGGUCAUGUAUCCUACUUAUCUGACGACUGCCAAGCUUGCCUACUUCUAUUGACUGUUGACAGGGAUGCUUUCUUUACGCUCUCCGAAGCAAAGCAGAAAAUUUCAGAACGUUUACGGAGGAACAAUUGUUUGGAGGCAAUCAACGUGUCAGUCAGCAGCGAGGGCUUGAUGAUGGACCAAGUUGGUGUCCCCGAAGUAAGGCACUUCCUGUACAAGGCAAUCUCGACAGCCCAGUUUACGAGUCCAGCCCUUGAAGUCCCAUAUCACACCAGUGAGAAUGCAGAGAGGCUCAUGAGUCAGUACCAGGCACUGCAUCACAGACUGCACAGCUCUUCCAGGCCUUUGAAACUGCUCUUUUAUCAACUAGAGACUGAUGCCAUGCUUGGAUGGAUCACAAGUGGUUUUGAGCUUUAUGUCACAUUUGAACCUCUCGUAACUAAGCUGAAUGCCAUCAACGCAGUUAACAAACUUUUACGUUGGAUGAAAAAGGAAGAAGACAGGCUUUUUAGUCUCAAUGCACCAACAUUUUAACUAUUUACACACUUAAAUUCACUCUUGCUUCUGUGCUUCCUUGUUGGAAAAUUUAAACUUCCCAGUUUGAAGACCUUUCCCAUGUUUCUUAGAGGAGUUCUUGAGAAUUGAAAAAUGUUAAUGACGUGAUGGUUAAAAAAUUUGUGAUUGUAGUUUAAUAAUGAUGAUCCUUAAAUUUCUGUUUAACAUAUUUAAUCUGCAUUCCAUUUUUACUUGCUAUCAAGUGCCAAUCACAUGCGAGUACCAACAUGGUUAAUUUGACCUUCGAAAAAAAGCUACAAAUUUUACAGAUAUUUUCAAUGUAAUUUAUGCUGUUUGUUACUUGUACUUGAAAAUAAAUCCACAUUAAUUGCUUCGUCAUUUGUUGUCACAGUAAUAAUAUCAUGGAAACUUGGUAGAAUACUGAAAUUAUGGAAAUUUAAGCACUGUUGCACAUGCACAUAGAAGUAAUCUAUAGUUUUCAAUAAUAAUUCACUAAUUUUAUAAUUUUUGUAUAAAACUUUUAAUUGAUAAAGAUAAUGUUUGAUGUUUACGAUCAAUCUUUUUCUUUGACAGCACGCAUAUUAUACCGC